AUGGCCGGAGUGGGAGAGGUUCUGGGCGCCAUUGGCCUGGCAGCGCUCUUCAGCUCUUGCGUCGACUGCUUCGGCUAUUUCAAAGCAUCGCAAAGGAUGGAAAGAGACAGUCAGAUUCUACUCGUCAAACUCGACAUCGAGAAAACCAGGUUGCUUGUAUGGGGAAACGCAGUUGGCAUUUUUGACGCCACCUCCUCUCACUCUGGUCCCGCCCAAAAUUCGAUUAUCAACGACGAAGCGGCUUGUCAACUCAUUGGCCGAUGUCUCAAAAGCAUCGAGUCUGUGCUCGCUGAUGCAGAGCAUCUCACAAGAGACUGUGGCGUGGUGGAGCAACAUCACCCAGGACAGCGCGAAAUCGACUUUGUCAGCGCAAGCAGCAUGGCCGUGUUCCGAACAUCCUGGAGGCGAUUCUUCGUACGCAACUCAUCCGCCCUGCCAAGACGAGACGGCCUUCUAGCAAGGACCAAAUGGAGCAUAUACAGGAAAGAACUCUUCCAGGGUUUGAUCAACCACUUGAAGGAUCUAGUCGAUGGCCUCUACGUGCUUGUGCCGCACGUGACACAAGUACUCAACAAUACUGUCGAGGAAAAUGUCGAGUGCUUGACCAGUUUGGAGGAACUACGCCUCUUUGAAGCUGCCACUGAAGACUCUUACCGCGCUUGGUCCGCCGUCGCCAGCUCAGUUAUCAGCGCAUCUGAGCCCGGAACAGCUGCUAGCCGAGCAUUUGACCGCGAUGUUGCCGACCUGUCAGGCCUUACUACUGAAGACAAUGGUCGACACCAAACAUCACGUACCUUAGACGACUUGAUUGACGAGGUGAAGGACACAUCGCCAAUUUCUGUGGCUGUCUUGACGAGGCUUGGGCCGGCAAAUAACGAGGGCCUCGCCAUUCCGAUGGCCAUAUAG